AUGACAUUUACGGCGCUCAUCCUAUUCGGUACGCUCUCAUCAACUCGUGUGAGCUAUGGAGAACGAGCACAAGUGACAUUCAGGCACCUCUACUUUCGUGAGUGGGAUCCGCAAUUCGAAACACUACCCUAUCCACCCAGCACUGGGGUCUACGGAUUCUAUACCCGAGAUGAAUUUUACGAGGGUCUCGGCUUCGCUUUGCGACGGUACAACGAAACCGAAUCGCUUUCACUUAGUGGCUACACUUUCAGCGAUGCCAGGCGUCCUGUCACCGUUUGUGUUGAACAAUUUUGCCUACUGCCUCGUCUAACUCUACGAAAUGUGGGCGAUUCUCCAGUAGUAGUUUGCAAAACUCUCAGUCUCAUUGACUUCUCCGAAAGUGAAAUCUCUGAUUGGAAACAUACGGAGGCAUUUUUUCACCAACAGGGAUUAAAUCUUGACUUCGCAAGGUUUCGGAAACUCUCACUCAAUUUCUCCCUUUCCUCGCCUCCAAUACAUCACAUCGACUGGGAUAGGAGUAUCGAGUGCUUUCAAUUCAGUGUGCAUGUCCUCUUCGACAACAGCGGUCAAACGGGCCAGGUGGUGGGAACAUUGACCGCUGCUCCCAUCGAGGUAGUUUGUGGCCUCUCUGGUGUCGUACGGCGUGUCAAUGAGCCUGAGGUCGCACCAACACUGCACCGCAUAGUUCACCUAGUAGUGGAUCUCCUUGCCUUCAACUCCUCCCUCCUCUCUUUGGGGCUCUGCGUAGUCUCACUGCAUCGAACUGUUCGACUGUGGAAGAGAACUAAAGGCUUCUUUGAAGAGUAUUAUGGAAUACGGUUGAAGGGACUCUUCUUCGACUUUGUCAAUCCUUGGCUCUUCGUAGUCAUUGGAGGCGAUCUUCUUAUUAUCUCUGGCUCUACCUUUAAGCUUGUGCACAGCAAAGACAUCUUACAGGCCUACAUCGAGUUGUCCUACCUCCUGGGCUUGGGAACCCUUUUAGUGUGGAUUAGCAUUCUUCGCUAUGUCGAGUUAGCCUCUCAAACGCACCUUCUCUUGAGGACAAUCAAGCGUUCAGUCCCAGGUCUGCUUCGAUUUUGUGCCUGUGCUCUUGUUCUCUACUUUGCCUUCGUCUUUCCUGGUUGGGUGAUACUGGGACCCUUCCACAUGAAGUUCCGCUCAUUUACAUCCACUCUUGAGUGCCUAUUCAGUUUGAUUAAUGGUGAUGACAUGUACACCACAUUCGCCACUAUUGACACAGCAAAGGGUCUGGGAAUAUUCCUCUUUUCAAGGGUCUUUCUCUACGUCUUUAUCACACUAUUCAUAUACGCUGUACUGAACAUUUUCGUGACUAUUAUCUUCGAGGCCUAUGAGGAGGUUCGGGUAAGCAGCAAUGCUGUUCUGACUGAUUUAUGUCAUGCUACUUGUAUUUAA